AUGCAUGACAAGGAGAUGCAGAAGGAGCUCAGGCGCAGGCAAGCCUGGGAUGUUGCUAAGGAGGUGCCCAUCAUUCAGGAUGAGCAGAAAGUUCGGAAGAGCUUGAGUAUCAUCCAGUUCGUCACCUGUACCUUUGUAGGAAUCUUAGUAUUUGCACUGGCCUUCUUCAGCAAAGUUGUCUUGGUGGAAUCUUUGGUUGCUCUGGGCUCAGCUGUCCUCACCCUGGUCUGCAUGCCGAAUUUCGACAUUCUGACUAACGUGAUGCUUCUGAGCGGCAUUGCCACAUCAUCGGCUGUCCUGCAGGUGGUUGCAAAUAUGGUUGCGCAUGGAAGGAGGCAAUUUAUAGGAACCUCUUCGCUCUCUGUAGUCCUCCUGAUCGCCGGCUUCACCUUCUUCGCCGUAAACUACCUUAGAGAGGGGAGCAGAAGGCAGGAGAUGGCUCUGUUUGUGGGGUUGGCAAUAGGAAGCACUUUCCUGGUCUCUCUGAGCUGGUGGGAGAACUACGCCAUGCUUUUCCAGAUUACCUUCUUCAAGAACACCAUCCGGGACAUCAAAAGGUCACGGAAUCUGGUCGGCAUCGUGUCCAGUGUGGUGCGAAUUGCCGUGAUCUCCAGCGUCCUGGGAGCAUUUGUGAAGCUCUCAAAACAGGAAUGGUCAUCAGUCCUGUUGAUCGAUUCAUCCACCAAGACUGUGGUCCUGAGUCUCUUCGCAAUCCAGGUCCUGUCGUCAGCCCUGUGCCGCUGGGUGGCUGUGUUGGCCUGCAAAAUGCACGCGGUCCGCCGCAGUUUCGUCCUUCCACUGAUCUUUGUAUCUCCGGCUGCCCUGGCUGCCUUCAUUCUGGCCGUCUGGAUACCCUAUCUGCAGUUUAAUGAUGGUGAUCCUUCCAAUGGCACAUUUGCCGAAUACUGUAGCGUCUUUGUUCAGGUCAACGGAUCAGGGCUAGGCAUCAUGAAGCAGAUGGUGACAGAUUUGACCCUCAGAGUCUGCGGCCAGACUGUCUACUCGGAGGGAUCGGUGGUGGGCUACGCUCUGCUGGGCAGCUCCUUGGUCAGCUGGUGGGUUGGACUGGUGCUCUGCACACUCUACAUCUGGUUCCUGGGCACGAAUCGCAUUGAGAGGACAAAAGAUCUGUUUGUGCGCAGCCUGUACGAGGCAGCGUUCAUUGACCAGUCUAUGCUGCUCAACACCAGGUUUGAGGUGGUGCACCAACUAAGGCAUAACAGUAAAGAGAAGGAGAAGAUGGCCAUCUACCUCUGCGCAACCAUGUGGCAUGAGACCUAUGACGAAAUGAUGAAGAUGAUCAUCUCGAUGUUCCGGCUGGAUAAAUUUAGACCGAAGAAAAACCAAUUCAGUGAUGUUGCCUUCGAGUCUCAUAUCUACUUCGACGAUGCCUUCAAACAAAAAGAUGGCGAGCGGCACGUAAACGAGUAUGCAGAGACUCUGGCGGAGGUCAUCAGAGAGGUUUAUAUCAUAUUCAGUGACGAGGGCAAAGGCAGUUUCAGGGAGAGAAAACCUCUCCCUGAGCAGAAGCUCAUCCAGACGCCGUACGGCUGUCGCCUGCAGUACACGCUUCCCCAUGGGAACACGCUGAUUGUUCAUUUUAAGGAUAAGCACCGAAUUCGCCACAAAAAGAGAUGGUCUCAGAUUAUGUACCUGUACUACCUGCUAGGAUGGAAACUGAAUAGGCCACACUUUCAGAUGAAAUCGGCGCACAGUGCACAUCACUGCAUAAAUCACUUUCAUAAGCCUGAACUUUGUGACUGAUUGUGCUAGAUCUUUAUGUCUUCUGUCCAGAAAGCCAAAGAGAACACCUACAUUCUGGCACUAGAUGGCGACACUGAUUUCCAGCCUUCUGCUGUCAUGCUCCUGGUGGACCGACUCAGGAUGUACCCGGAGGUGGGCGCCGCCUCUGGCAGGAUUCACCCCACUGGCACUGGGCCGAUGGUGUGGUAUCAGAAGUUCGAGUAUGCUGUCGGUCACUGGCUCCAGAAGACGGCGGAGCACGUGUUCGGGUGUGUGCUGUGCAGUCCCGGCUGCUUCAGCCUGUUCCGGGCUGCAGCGCUCAUGGAUGACAACGUGAUGAAGAGAUACACAACCAAACCGACUGAGGCUGCACACUACGUACAGUAUGACCAGGGUGAGGACCGCUGGCUGUGCACGCUGCUCCUGCAGCAGGGCUGGAGAGUGGAGUACAACGCGGCGUCGGACUCCUACACCAACGCUCCUCAGGAGUUCAAGGAGUUCUACAACCAGAGACGCCGCUGGGGUCCAUCUACCAUGGCCAACACUCUGGACCUCCUGUCCAGCGGCGGCCUGACCGCCGAGAAGAACAAGUCCAUAUCCAGACUCUACAUGCUGUACCAGACCAUCACCAUGGCUGCCUCCAUUCUGGCCCCGGCUACGGUCUGCCUCAUGAUUGCAGGAAGCUUUAAAUUCGUCCUGAAGAUAGAUGCCAAUUUCGCCCUUGUGCUGGCCAUUGUUCCUCCUGUUAUCUACAUGAUCAUCUGCUUCUACCUGGGCCACACGAAAUCGGACACACAAAUCACCAUCGCCGCCAUCAUGAGCGUUAUCUACGCUUUUCUGAUGACUGCAACUCUGCUGUCUAUUAUAGGGGACAUGGUGGAUCAGAACACCUUCAUGAUACCAAGUGGCUUGUUUUUCAUCGGCAUCACGGCCAUGUACGUCUUCACCGCUCUUCUUCAUCCUCACGAGUUCCACCUCAUCAUCUACGGCCUCCUCUACGUCAUCUGCAUUCCCAGCGGCUACCUCCUGUUGAUCAUCUACUCCAUGGUCAACAUGAACAACGUGUCCUGGGGCACUCGGGAGUCCGGCGCUCAGGCCGUCGCGGCGCCCACCAAGACGAACCAGAAGAACGUCAAGUGCCAGAAGCUGCUGAAGGUCUGCGGCUACAGCCUGCAGAUUCAGGUCAGCGAAGAAGUGAAGGUGGUGAGCACUGUACCUCUGAACAACGUCUCGCAGGUCACAGGUGGAAGUGCCCCUGAAGCAGCUACUGAAGUGCCCACCCAGCAGGAAGAAAAAGGAACACCUGUCAUUACGAACUGCUUCAUCACACAGCUGAAGGAAAGCUCUGGUGAACUGCCCCUCAAGGAGGACUGUCUUAAUGAGGAGGAAGAACAGUUUUGGGAGGACCUGAUUGAGCAGUACCUGAAACCUCUAGAUAGUGACAAAGCAAAGGAGGAGAAAAUAAAAGUCGAACUGAAAGACCUGCGCAACAAGACAACAUUUGUGUUCUUCAUCUGUAACGCCUUGUGGCUCGUUGCAACCUUCUUCCUGCAAGCCAUUGGCACCACAGUGUGCAUUAACAUCCCGAAACUCUCUGUCAAUGGAACUGAUACCGGGAGGAUCUUCAUUGAUCCCAUUGGCCUGAUGUUCCUCAUUGGCUUUGCAGGCCUUCUGAUCAUCCAGUUUUUUGCUAUGCUGUGGCACAGAAUCCAAACUUUGAUCCACUUCAUUGCUUAUAAUGGGACUGAGGCUGUCGUUAACAGGAGAGCAAUGAGACAAAAUCAGAACAUGCCUCUAGAUAUAAAUAACUUUCUGUAG